UGCUGCUUUUUCCCUGACACCACUUGAGAAGCACCUCUACUGUGAUGGGGCGGCAAAAGGAUGUUCUUGCUACCAUUGAGGAACACCUGAGGAUCAGAAACAAAUUAGUGCGGCAAGCACUGGCUGAGUGCUUGGGAACACUGAUCCUGGUGCUCUUUGGCUGUGGCUCUGUUGCCCAAAUCAUUCUCAGCAGAGGGACUCAUGGAGGUUUCCUGACUGUCAACCUGGCCUUUGGCUUCGCUGUAACGCUCGGCAUUUUGAUCGCAGGACAAGUAUCAGGUGGACAUCUGAACCCAGCUGUCACUUUUGCCAUGUGCUUAUUGGCCCGGGAGCCCUGGAUCAAGCUACCAAUUUAUGCACUUGCACAAACCCUGGGGGCUUUCCUUGGAGCUGGUAUAGUCUUUGGGCUGUACUACGAUGCUAUCUGGGCUUUUGACAAUAACCAGCUCACUGUUAUAGGAAAGAAUGCCACUGCUGGUAUUUUUGCCACCUACCCAUCUGAGCAUCUGAAUGUUGUGAAUGGCUUCUUUGACCAGUUCAUUGGCACUGCCUCCCUGAUUGUUUGUGUCUUGGCUAUUGUUGAUCCCUACAACAACCCUGUCCCCACUGGGCUGGAGGCUUUCACAGUUGGUUUUGUAGUCCUCGUUAUUGGAACCUCCAUGGGCUUCAACUCUGGCUAUGCUGUCAACCCUGCCAGGGACUUCGGGCCUCGUCUCUUCACAGCUAUUGCUGGCUGGGGCAUGGAAGUGUUCCGGGUUGGUAAGCCCUCCCACUGGUGGUGGGUUCCAGUUGUCGCUCCUUUCCUUGGGGCAGUGGCAGGAGUGAUUGUCUAUCAGCUGACGAUUGGAUGUCAUGAUGAGCCUUCUCCUCCUGCCUCCGAGCAGGAAACAGUCAAGCUGGCUAAUGUGAAGCACAAGGAGAGGGUCUGAGGAAGCUGCCACCUAGAUCUGGCAGGUAUUCAUUACUCAGGACUGCAGCUGGAAAAAAGAAGUUAAGAAGAGCUUCAAGAACAACAGGAAGAGUUUUUUACCUGUCUAGUAACUUUUUUUCUUUUUUGUAUAUCCCUGACAUGUUUGCUUUUGACAUUUCCCUAUGAACCUUCCUCCAAAUGUAGUAUCAUGUAAUCUUUUCCUAAUAGAAGGGGAUUGAGGACUGUAGGAGUCAGGAGAGAAGUGGGCAUGGGCAUUGUUGUCCAACACAAAUCAGGUGUUCAGGAAUAUGAAGCUCUUUUGAGCUAUGUUGCUGACAUUGCCUGUGACCUUGGCAAACUGCUUCCCUUCAAACCUGUGUUCCAAUCUGUAGAAUGGGGAUCAUGCAAAACUUAAAUUGUUUUGUUGGCAUGGAUUGGAAGCUCCUACAUCCUGGAGAAAAUUUGCCUGUGAUUCUGUGGAUCAAAUUCUGCUUGAUGUUGCUCUAAAGUCAGUACCUUGACACCAGGAA